AUGUCAGAGUACUGUUCUGAAAUUUUACCGGAGGAAGAAGGAAUACCUAUUUGUAAGAGCUUAUGUUCCAGCAUAACUGAAAAGCCUCCAUGUUGUUUGAGAAUUCAUCCAAUUGAUACCUCCAUCCUCAUUCUAGGAACGUAUAAAGUCAAUGACAACAACAGCACAGAUAGAAAGGGUUCUAUAGAUAUUAUGAAAUAUAAUAACAGCUUUAGCUCCCUCGCCUUGAUCAAGACACAAGAAACAUCUAGUGCUAUUUUAGACUUAAAAAUUUCUCCCUUUGAUUACACCUUGAUUGCAACAGUACAUUCAACUGGGAAUAUUACUCUAUGGAGAUUGACCAUUGAGGAUUCUCUUAUUGAUUUAUCUUUAAUUAAAAACUUUCAGUUAUUUGAUGAGACGUCUUUAAUAACCUCAAUAAAUUUUUCAUCAGUUGAUGAUUCAUUGAUUUUAGUAACAUUAACAAGUGGCAAGAUUUAUACAUUGAAAUUACAAAAUUCUUCGCUUGAUAUACUAAACUCAUUUGAUGAAAAUCAUUCUUUAGAAGCAUGGACGGGAAACUUCAGUAGCUAUGAUUUUUUGAAAAAUGUUAUAUUUACUGGUGGUGAUGAUUGUAAAUUAUUAGCUCAUGAUAUUAGGUCCAAUCAAUUGAUUUUUAAAAAUGACAGAAUUCAUAAUGCUGGCAUAGUUUCAAUUCUAACUCCAACUCCAGGCGAUUAUAACGGAAACGGUUCUUGGAAUGUAAAUGGAAAUCAUUAUGAACUCAUGACUGGCUCUUAUGAUGAUAAUGUGAGAUCUCUUGAUUUGAGAGUAUUGCCUCCAAACGACUUGAUAUAUUCUUUACCACCAAAAGUUAAUCAAAGUUUGAACCUAGGAGGUGGUGUAUGGAGAUUGAUACCUUUUGGUGGGAAAGACGAUACUGAUGAUAGAUUACUAUCGUGUUGUAUGUAUAAUGGUGCUAAAAUCUUAAACAAGAGAGAAAAUGAAAAUGAAAUUGUAGUUGAAAGAGUGUUUAAAGAGAAUCACAAUAGUAUGGUUUAUGGCGCUGAUUGGUCGACAGAUGGAAAAUUCGUUGCUACCUGCAGUUUUUAUGAUCGUCUAGUUCAAAUCUGGUCUCCAGGUUAUAUAUACUAA